AAUAAUCGUAAGCACAUGUUUGGUAAACAAAUUUGUAAAAUUGGGUAACCAUUGGCGACGUCAAACCGCAGAAUGGAGAAAAUUGAUCUCAGCAAUCUGCGCCACAACUGGACAAAUUUUCAGCUCAUUCGAAAGUCAAACGUCAUCCGCCGUAGCUGCGCAAAUUUUUUAGCUCAUUCGGAAUUCAAACCGUCAACAUGGACACAACUGUCGCUCCUGAAGUGCCCGCCGCCCCCAGUUCGGAUGAGGAGGAAAUGCUGAUCCGCCAAAUAUCAAAUUUGGACCUCCGUAUAAAGCAAAUUAAGAAAAUUUCCGCGAUGCCCCCGAACGUCCGUAUAAAGAUCGAAGCGUUGAAGAAAAUUCAGCUAGACCUUCUGGCGAAGGAGGCGGAGUUCCACCAGAAGGUGCACUUUCUGGAGGUAGAGUUCCAGAAGAAUUAUGAAGAAAUGAACGAGAAGCGCCGUCAAAUCGUAAACGGUACAUACGUUCCCAAGUUCGAGGGCCUGCCGGAGAUCUGCGAUGACGCGGCUGAUCAACCGCAAAGUCUUCCCGAGUUCUGGUUGACCGUGUUCAAGAUGACGCCAGUUUUGCAAGCGAUGAUACGAGAGGCGGACGAAGAAGCCUUGAAGCGGCUGAUCGAUGUUAGGGUUCAAGUCCGGAACGAACCGCAACCGUGCUUCGUUCUGCAGUUUGAGUUUGAACCAAACCACUAUUUCAACGAUCGCGUUUUAGAGAAGACGUAUCUGAUGAAGUGCUGUCCGAGCUCGGAAAAGCCGUUUUCUUUCAACGGUUUUGAAAUCUAUGACGCCAUUGGUCACGACAUCGAUUGGAAAGAGGGAGCUAAUCUGACGAAGGCGACUGUAGAGGACAAGGAAGGUGAACGGCGUGAAAUGAUGACCAACAGUUUUUUCAACUUCUUCAAUCCGAAGCCCCUGUUCUUGGUGGACCCUAUUCUUAGUGUGCAGUUUCUGGAAACGGAUUUUGAAAUUGGAUACUAUAUAAAGGAGCGCGUUAUCCCGAGGGCAAUCUUCUUUUACAUUGGUGAGAUCGACGACGACAUGGACGAUGUUUCCGAAUCGAUAGAUGAGCCUGAAUCGGAUGAGAACCUAAAAACGUGCGAUUCACAGCAGUAACGAUUGGGCAUUUCGAGGAGGUACUGCCGUGUUGGUGUAUUGUGUUACAUGAUCUUUUAAUAAAAUGUUUAAUAAUA